CAUUUCAAAUGGCCCCGUAGGGCAACAAGGCUGCUUAGUUUUGACCGUGCUGCUUGUGCCGUGAAAAAAUCGAUCCCAAUUGGCAGCCAUUUGGGCUUUGAUAUCUGUCAAGCCCUUUUUUGAAACUGUGGUCAUUAAAUGAAGGGAUCUGGUUUGGGAGGGCCCAUCCAUCCCCGCAACUGGACCAGGGACUAGGCAAACUGUCUCCGGCAAUCUACAUAAGAGGGAAUGUUGACCGGGGAACACCGCUGGGGCUGAUCAGAGGAGCAGGAACCGGAGCCCAGGCUGAGUCCGAAAACUGUCGGAUCCAGACUUUGGCUCGGGGACGGUUGGAAGUGGGAGAUGGAGAUGCCAGAGGAACCGGCGAAUAGUAAUAGUGGGCAUUCGCUACCCCCGGUUUAUAUUUAUAGUCCCGAGUAUGUCAGCAUUUGCGACUCCCUCGCCAAGGUCCCCAAACGGGCCAGUAUGGUCCACUCUCUGAUCGAAGCAUAUGCCCUGCAUAAACAAAUGAGGAUAGUGAAGCCCAAAGUGGCCUCCAUGGAGGAGAUGGCCAGCUUCCACACUGAUGCCUAUCUGCAACAUCUCCAGAAGGUCAGCCAAGAAGGUGAUGAGGAUCACCCAGACUCCAUAGAAUAUGGACUAGGUUACGACUGCCCAGCCACACAAGGGAUAUUUGACUAUGCAGCAGCUAUAGGAGGAGCUACAAUCACAGCCGCCCAGUGCCUGAUUGAUGGGAAGUGUAAAAUAGCGAUUAACUGGUCUGGAGGGUGGCAUCACGCAAAGAAAGAUGAAGCAUCUGGUUUUUGUUAUCUCAAUGAUGCUGUCCUGGGAAUAUUAAGAUUGCGACGGAAAUUUGAACGUAUCCUCUAUGUGGAUUUGGAUCUGCACCAUGGAGAUGGUGUAGAAGAUGCCUUCAGUUUUACAUCCAAAGUUAUGACUGUGUCCCUGCACAAAUUCUCCCCAGGAUUUUUCCCAGGAACAGGUGACAUGUCUGAUGUUGGCCUGGGGAAAGGCCGCUACUACAGUGUCAAUGUGCCCAUUCAAGAUGGCAUACAGGAUGAGAAGUACUAUCACAUCUGUGAAAGUGUACUGAAGGAAGUGUACCAGGCCUUCAAUCCUAAAGCAGUGGUUUUACAGCUGGGAGCAGAUACCAUUGCUGGGGAUCCAAUGUGUUCUUUUAACAUGACGCCAGUGGGGAUCGGCAAGUGUCUGAAGUAUGUCCUUCAGUGGCAAUUGGCAACUCUGAUUUUAGGAGGAGGAGGCUAUAACCUUGCCAACACGGCUCGUUGCUGGACAUACUUGACCGGGGUCAUCCUAGGGAAAACACUAUCCUCUGAGAUCCCAGAUCAUGAGUUUUUCACAGCAUAUGGUCCUGAUUACGUGCUGGAAAUCACGCCAAGCUGCCGGCCAGACCGCAAUGAGCCCCAGCGAAUCCAGCAAAUCCUCAACUACAUCAAAGGGAAUCUGAAGCAUGUGGUCUAGCUGACAAAAAGGGAUCAGGUUUCUUUGCAGAGCUGGGAAGCAGUGCCUAUAAUGAAGACAGUGUGUUGAUGCAAGCAGUUUGUGGAAUUUGUGACUGCAGGGGAAAUUUGGAAGAAAUUACUUCCUGAAAAUUUCCAAGGGGCACCAAGUGGCAGCUGGCCUCCUGGGGUAAGGAGGCGGCACCCCAGAGCCAGGCCUAGGGGGAAGAGGAAGAUAUCCAACAUUUAAAGUGUUUGUUUUAAAGCAUACCCACAAAUCCAAUUUUUAAUCUUUCAAAGUUAUUUUUAAGCAAGUUGGGGAGGGGGUAUUUUUAUCUUAUUAAAGGGGACAAGUUAGAAGUUGCAAGAAAGUGGGAUUGGGUGGUGGGCAGCAGACAGGCAAGUUUGGUCCCCAGGGCCAUCUAGGUAGAGUUAUGUGGGGGAGGGCUAUCAGCAGACUUAUGUUUUAGCAUUAUGCACCCAAGUUGUUUCUAAUAAAAUCUUCAAAAACUCAGCUCUGUCCCAUUGUUCUCACUGCCACUGGCAGCACACAUAGGACCCUCACUGUAAAAUUUGGACUCUCAUGGGGAACUCGUGUGUCCUCUGCCCACACGAUCAGCUCUGUCCUAUGCUGGGGCCUGUCCACGAAAAAGAAGGUGCAGGGUUAUAGGCUCUAUGUCAGGAAAGGGGCUUGUUGUACUCUGAGGAGGAGCUUGUCCUGCCAAGGAUUCGGGGAUAAGAACUCGAGCUCUCAGGGGCCAUUUCCAUGGGUAGACAGGACACUUGCAACUCAAGUGUAGAUUGUUGAUACACACGACCAGUGGCUGGUGUCAUCUGGAAACAUGAUACAAUAGUGAUGAAAAGACAACCAUUCAGCAUGAUUUUAUAAGCAAAUAUUUAUUAAGUUCUUUCAGCCACUGUGACAAGCCCAAGAGACACAAGCACAGCCCAGUCCUGGCCUUGGGCAAGGGGAAGAGAAAGCAAACACAUGCACAAAGCUGGGGCUCACUAAACUGAGAGCAACUGGCACAGCCCAGCAGGCCCCCAGCAGCAUGUCUGAAGGGAUAUUUAACUUGAAUUUCCCCCAAGCAAGCAAGAGCAUUCCACAGAAGGGAGUGAGAAAGCCUUGAGUGUGUCCCGAGCUGGGACUAGCCAUGCUUUUAUUAAACAGUGAGGGUGUCUGGUGGACCAGUCACUUCAAAUGUCCGCUGUUCUAGUUAUCCACUCCGGGCUUACGGCAGUUUGGCUUACAAUGAAAAGAAUGGGGAGGCACUGAAUGGGCAGGUGCCGAGGUUUGCCCUCUCCAAGGUUUGCUUAUCCCCUUUCAGCUUCCCAUUCUAGUCCUUUCAAGGGGACCUACCUCCAACGUCCCUGUGAAGGCCUUAGUCCUGAGAGGCAACCGCCUGGUAAAACAAUGGCUAGCGAGUACCCUGUGGCCUUUUCAGUGGAAAUGGACCUGGUCAAGGAUAUGCCUCCAAUAUGGAGAGAACAGGAAAAGGUUCUGGGGGUACCAGGGGAGCCUUUUGCCAUGGGACCCCUUCUUCUGGCUAGGCUGGCACUGCCAGUUCGACCUCAGUUCUGGCCCAACAGAGGACCCAAAAUACCUACUGAGCUGAUGACCUUCUGCCAGGCCUCAGAAAACUCUAGUGCAAGGGCCUCCGGGAUGUCAUGUAUUGUAUUCCUAGAGGAUAUGCUGGCCUGGAGUGCAGUUCAGUGGCAGGGCAUUUGCCCAGCAGGUACAGGGCCCUGGGUUCUGUCCCUUAGCACAUCAAAAAGAGGAUGAAGGAGAA